AUGUUUGACCAAUGCGGUCAGGCCGCGUCCUUUAACGGUGCGUUUAAAAUGAGCGUCCAGUCGUUUGCCAACUUCGCCUGGGGCACGGAGUUCAGUGUCAGUGUAUGGUUCAAACUGGGUGAUCCCACCAUGGGGGUGAACACAGAUGGCGAAGAGAUGGGUUCAGGAUCAACAGUAACAGAUGGAGUCAAGACGGAAGUAUUACAUGUAUCAUCUCACAUGAAGAGCAACCAGGAACUGCCACCUUUCUGCUUUGGAGAAAUCAAGCCCGCUGAAGCUGUCCGGGACCUAGGGGUAGUCAUCGACAAACAUCUAUCUCUUCGUCGCCACAUAAAUUUGGUGUGUCGCAGAGCUUCGUUCGCCUUAAGAAGAAUUGGUGGUAUUCGCCAUCUCCUUAACCAGAAGACAACAGAAAUACUGAUCCAUGCGUUUGUCACAUCACUGCUGGACAACUGUAACAGUCUUCUCUUCGGCGUUCCGGACAAAGACAUUUCCAAACUCCAACGAAUUCAGAACUCUGCCGCCCGUCUUCUCACUGCGGAAUCCUGUGAGGUUAUACAAGAGACUGGAAAUGGGAAGAGUCUUCCUCAAUACGCUGAUGGUGACGUAGGACUUCAGGAUCAGGAACCGGCCAAGGGAACCGGCAUUCCACUCAACCCACUUCCAAAAAUAUCAUCACAAUCCAGUGUUCUGAACACUGAACACAAUACACCACAGAGAGAGCAUACUGACGAAGGGGAAAGUUUUCUGUCUAUUACCACUACAACACUACAAUCUGAUGCAGAUAUAGAGGACGGAAAGACAGGGCAAUCACGCGGUGCUCCUGUGUCCCUUGAUACCGACACAUUCGCUGAUGAAUCGUGUAUUCCACUGGAAGAAUGCACAUCUCCUCUGCAGCCAGCAGAAAUCAGGGAAAUCUUAGAGACUGAUAGUCAUACGAAUGAUGAUUGGGAUGCAAUGUAUAACACACUACUGGGUGAAAUGUCUCCAAGCGAUGCAAAUGCGUUCAAAUUAGAGCUACCAUUCAACCCUGACAUAGACGAGAUGGAUGAGGAAGGAUACACACCGCUCUACAAUGCAGCUUUAGAAGGUCAUCUCGAAGAUGUUCAGGAUCUGAUUUCACAGGGAGCAAACCCAGAUAAACCAAGUAAGGGUGGACUCUGUCCUCUUCAUGCAGCGGCUCAAGAAGGAUAUACACACACCGUUGACUUCCUCAUCCUUCAAGGAGCGGACGUGAAUAUCGAAUGUGACUUGGGUCAUACUCCUCUUCAUAUAGCAGCUGCAAAAGGUUAUCUUGACAUCUUAGAGAGGUUGGUUGCAGAAGGAUCUGAUUUGAACCAAGAAGAUAACACUGGAUGGACAUCAUUCAAUGCCGCUGUUCAUGAGGGCCAUAUAAAAACUGUCCAAUACCUUAUGACUGAAGGGGCGGAGCAGAACAGAUAUGCUGGUAUGUCCCCACUCGAUUCUGCAGCAGGAUUUGGUCAUAUAGACCUCGUAAAAUUCUUCAUUUCCAAAAGAGCUGAUGUGAACGAAGAAGAUGACGAAGGGAUGAUUCCUCUCCAUGGUGCAGCUUCUGGAGGCCACUUAGAAGUCAUGGAAUAUCUCAUUCAGCAAGGAUCUGAUGUGAACAAGGCAGAUGCCGGUGGUUGGACUCCAUUCAAUGCUGCUGUUCAUUUCGGCCAUCUUGAAGCUGUCAAAUAUCUCAUAACAGAAGGAGCGAAGCAGAACAGAUAUCAUGGUAUGACCCCACUUUAUGCCGCAGCACAAUCUAAUCAUUUAGACAUCGUCAAAUUAUUCAUAUCAAAUGGCGCUGAUGUGAACGAAGAAGAUGGCGAAGGGAUGAUUCCUCUCCAUGGUGCAGCUUCUGGAGGCCACUUAGAAGUCAUGGAAUAUCUCAUUCAGCAAGGAUCUGAUGUGAACAAGGCAAAAGCAAAGGGUUGCACUCCAUUCAAUGCUGCUGUUCAAUGUGGCCAUCUAGAAGCCGUUAAAUAUCUCAUGACUGAAGGAGCGAAGCAGAACAGAUAUGAUGGUAUGACCCCACUUUAUGCCGCAGCACAAUCUAGUCAUUUAGACAUCGUAAAAUUCUUCAUAUCAAAUGGCGCUGAUGUGAACGCAGAAAAUGACAACGGGAUGAAUCCUCUCCACGGUGCAGCUUCUGGAGGCCACUUAGAAGAUAUGGAAUAUCUCAUUCAGCAAGGAUCUGAUGUUAACAAGGCAAAUGCCAAGGGUUGGACACCAUUCAAUGCUGCUGUUCAAAAGGGUCAUCUAGAAGCCGCCAAAUAUCUCAUGACUGAAGGAGCGAAGCAGAACAAAUAUGCUGGCAUGAACCCACUCUAUGCAGCAGCACGAUAUGGUCAUUUAAACAUCAUCGAAUUCUUCCUUUCCAAAGGAGCUGAUGUAAACGAGGAAAAUGAAACAGGACGGAUUCCUCUCCAUGGUGCAGCUAUCCACGGUAACACUGAAGUCAUGAAAUAUCUCAUUCAGCAAGGAUCUGAUGUUAACAAGGCAAAUGCCAAGGGUUGGACACCAUUCAAUGCUGCUGUUCAAAAGGGUCAUCUAGAAGCCGCCAAAUAUCUCAUGACUGAAGGAGCGAAGCAGAACAAAUAUGCUGGCAUGAACCCACUCUAUGCAGCAGCACGAUAUGGUCAUUUAAACAUCAUCGAAUUCUUCCUUUCCAAAGGAGCUGAUGUAAACGAGGAAAAUGAAACAGGACGGAUUCCUCUCCAUGGUGCAGCUAUCCACGGUAACACUGAAGUCAUGAAAUAUCUCAUUCAGCAAGGAUCUGAUGUGAACAAGGCAGAAGCAAAGGGUUGCACUCCAUUCAAUGCUGCUGUUCAAUGUGGCCAUCUAGAAGCCGUUAAAUAUCUCAUGACUGAAGGAGCGAAGCAGAACAGAUAUGAUGGUAUGACCCCACUUUAUGUCGCAGCACAAUUUUUUAUCUAG